CCUUAGGAGAAACGGGCUCAGGGAAGACCACUCAGAUCCCUCAGUACCUCUACGAAGCAGGAAUUGGCCGCCAAGGCAUCAUUGCUGUGACCCAGCCUCGCAGAGUAGCAGCUAUAUCCUUAGCUACCAGAGUCUCGGAUGAGAAGAAGACAGAGCUGGGCAAACUGGUCGGCUAUACUGUACGCUUCGAUGAUCUUACAUCUGAUGAAACUAGAAUCAAGUUUUUAACAGAUGGAAUGCUGCUUCGCGAAGCUAUUGGGGACCCUAUGCUGCGGAAGUACAGUGUUGUCAUCCUGGAUGAAGCCCACGAGAGGACGAUCCAUACUGAUGUACUCUUUGGAGUGGUGAAAGCUGCACAAAAGAAACGAAAGGAACUGGGCAAACUGCCACUAAAAGUGAUUAUCAUGUCAGCUACGAUGGAUGUUGACCAGUUCUCCCAGUACUUCAAUGGAGCUCCUGUUCUCUAUUUAGAAGGCCGGCAACAUCCCAUUCAGAUCUUUUACACCAAACAGCCUCAGAGUGAUUACCUCCAAGCAGCACUGGUGUCAGUCUUCCAAAUCCACCAGGAAGCACCCUCUUCUCAGGACAUCCUGGUGUUUCUGACUGGUCAGGAAGAAAUUGAAGCAAUGACCAAAACCUGUCGAGACAUUGCCAAGCAUCUCCCUGAUGGCUGCCCGCAGAUGGUGGUGAUGCCUCUUUAUGCUUCUCUGCCCUACUCUCAACAACUCCGCGUCUUUCAGGCUGCCCCCAAGGGCUGUCGCAAAGUGAUCCUCUCCACCAACAUCGCAGAAACCUCCAUCACCAUUGCGGGAAUAAAAUACGUUGUCGACACAGGCAUGGUCAAAGCAAAGAAGUACAGCCCUGAAAUUGGUCUGGAAGUGUUGGCAGUUCAGCGGGUGUCGAAGGCCCAGGCUUGGCAACGAACAGGGAGAGCAGGGCGAGAGGACAGUGGGAUCUGUUACCGGCUCUACACAGAGGAUGAGUUUGAGAAGUUUGACAAAAUGACAAUACCCGAGAUACAGAGGUGUAAUCUGGCCAGUGUGAUGCUUCAGCUCCUGGCCCUGAGAAUUCCCAAUGUGCUCACCUUUGACUUCAUGUCCAAACCGUCUCCUGACGCUAUUCAAGCAGCGAUUGAGCAGCUGGACCUGCUGGGAGCUGUGGAACGAAAGGAAGAUCAGCUUGUCCUAACCCCCUUGGGAAGGAAGAUGGCAGCCUUUCCACUGGAACCAAAGUUCUCGAAAACCAUCCUCCUGUCCCCCAAGUUCCACUGUACAGAAGAGAUCCUGACCAUCGUGUCGCUGUUAUCAGUGGACAGUGUCCUCUACAAUCCCCCCGCCCGGCGGGAUGAAGUGCAAUCCAUCAGGAAGAAAUUCAUCUCCAGUGAGGGGGAUCAUCUUACCCUGCUCAGCGUGUACAGGGCCUUCAAAAAUGUCAGUGGCAACAAGGAAUGGUGCAAAGAGAACUUUGUCAAUGGCAGGAACAUGAUGCUUGUGUCGGAUGUCAGAGCUCAGCUCAGGGACAUUUGUGUGAAGCUGUCGAUGCCAAUCGAGUCCUCCCGCUCAGACACCGGAAACAUCCGCCGCUGCCUGGCUCACAGCCUCUUCAUGAACGCCGCGGAGCUGCAGCCGGACGGCACCUACAGCACCGUGGACUCUCACCAGUUGGUGGCCAUCCACCCCUCCUCCGUGCUCUUCCACUGCAAGCCAGCCUGCGUGGUUUACAACGGGCUGCUUCGCACCAACAAGUGCUACAUGCGGGACCUGUGCGUGGUGGAUGCGGACUGGCUGUAUGAUGCAGCGCCUGACUAUUUCCGCAGGAAGCUCCGAACGGCCAAGAACUGACCUGUGGGUCUGGGACCGACAGGUCCAGGGUUUUUAGGCUCACCCUAAACGACUUAUUUUUUUUGUUUUGUAAUGAAUGUACAGGAGCGGUAGAGCUUUGCCUUGCAAAUCAGGUAAAAACCUAGAGGAAAAUGGCUUCUCCAUGAGAGCUGGAACUCACAAGUCUCCGUGGCUUAGAACAGUCAUCCUUUUUAACAAUUAACCUGUAAAAGGGGAAUGUAGUAUGUACUCUGUGCGCGUGUGUAUGUGUGUGUGAUAAAUCUAUACUGGGGGGGAGGAAGGGGAGCUGGUAUCAGAUUCCAGUUUUUAACACUUACUGAAGUUUAACAGGCUUGUAUAUGAGGAGAUGAAAUCCUGAGAGCUCUUCUGAGCAAACUUGGUAUUUUCGAUGAUUGUGCUUGUAUCUUUAGCAAGUUUUAUUGGGAAAAAAGGAGAAAAGAGUUUUAAAUGUCUACAUACAGGGAAAAAAAUGCCUUUUUUUACUAUUUCUAGAAGGGAGGUGCUACUGUCUUUUACCUCAUCAAACAUCUUUCUGCCUGCAUGUCAUGUUCACCGUCUUAUUUGGGACCAUACGAAGGCCAGUAAUGGGAAUGCCUGCUUGGACCAGGUCUUCACUGCUUGCGUCUGAGCCUCAGGGGCUGGCAGUGGUUUCUUGGAGAGGUUGUCCAGCUGCCUGCGUGUUUGGCGUCAUCUUUGUUCACCCUUUUGCUGUUAGGGCGUGUUGUUCCUCAGCAAAUACUUCUGGCUUUUCUGACUCUUCUCCGUGUAUUUCUGGCUUUGGAGUUGGCACACCAUCUGUAACGGCUAAUCAGGCCAACUUGAGGAAGACUCAGCAAAAUGAGAAUGAAGAUGUGGUUUGGAGAUUGGACUUCCUUUAAAGGUCCUCGAUUCAUCAAAUGUUUGCGUCUUGUGCUCUGACACCAGUGCUUCUUCCCCCUUCUGCCUCCCCCAGCCCUGUCCCAGUUAUACUUUGGUUUUCCAUUAGAAGUUUGGAGCUUGACAUUGUCAAGAGCCACAGCUCUACCAUUAGUAUCUAUUAUUUGUUUUUUCUUCCGUAUUCCCUUGGCAUCUGUCUUAUCCAUCUCUUUCUUCCCCUGUUGGAGAAAAGUGGCAAUAACAAACUUAAUCGUCUUUUUAAAUACUGGAAUUAAGAAACUAGUGCCACUCCAAAGGGAAAACUUGUUCUUUAAUGUGAAGGAAAGUGGAUUUAUUCCAUUAUCACUGUGUGUUGGUCGGGGGGAGAAUGUAAGUUGUUUUUAAAUGAUAUCCUAAGUACUUCUAAAAUAACCUCUCUGGGAGAGGUAACUUCCAGUUUCAACAGAGUCUGUUGACAUAGUGUAGUAAUUUAUACAGAUUUUUGGAUGAGUUGAACUAAAGCAGGUUAGGUGUCUGAAAGGGAGGGAGAGGAAGCUGUUCUGCACGUGCGGUGUCAUUGUGUGAUAUACAUGGGCUGUGAUGGGACUGGGGGGGUUAGUCCUUGUAUCCUUCAAAUAGCAACUUUAAAAAAAAAAAGCUUAUAACACAUUAAUGGGGCCGCUCGCUAUUGGCAAGCCCU